AUGAAGGGCCUCUUCAAGUCGAAGCCGCGGACGCCGGCCGACGUGGUGCGGCAGACGCGUGAGCUCCUCAUCUACGUGGACCUCCACGCCGGCUCACGCGGCGCCGACCCCAAGCGAGAGGAGGAGAAGAUGGCAGAAUUAAGCAAAAAUAUAAGGGAUUUGAAGUGUAUUCUGUAUGGCAACGGCGAACAGGAGCCUGUCACUGAAGCUUGCGUGCAAUUGACCCAAGAAUUCUUCAGAGAGAACACUUUACGAUUAUUAAUUAUGUGUGUUCCGAAAGUAAACCUGGAGGCAAGGAAAGAUUCUACUCAAAUUGUUGCAAAUUUGCAACGACAGCAAGUCAACUCAAGGAUACUUGCAUCUGAAUACCUUGAGGCAAAUAAAGAUCUUUUGGACACCUUAAUUUCUGGGUACGAGGAUACAGAGGUUGCUUUACAUUAUGGUGCAAUGUUGAGGGAAUGUAUUCGCCAUCAGAGUAUUGCAAGGUAUGUUCUAGAGUCUGAUCACAUGAAGAAGUUCUUUGACUAUAUACAAAUUCCAAAUUUUGACAUAGCAUCAGAUGCUUCUGCAACCUUCAAGGAACUUCUGACAAGGCAUAAAGCAACCGUGGCGGAAUUUCUUUCGAAGAACUAUGACUGGGGCCUUAUCCUUUUUCCUUUUCCUCAGUUCUUUGCAGAAUUCAACUCUAGGCUGCUUUCAUCAUCCAACUACAUAACAAAAAGGCAGGCUAUCAAGCUGUUGGGAGAUAUGCUCCUUGAUAGAUCAAAUUCUGCAGUCAUGAUGCGAUAUGUUGGUUCAAAGGAUAAUCUUAUGAUUCUGAUGAAUCUUUUAAGGGACUCGAGCAAAAAUAUUCAAAUAGAAUCUUUUCAUGUGUUCAAGCUAUUUGCUGCAAAUAAAAACAAACCAGCUGAGGUUGUGAACAUACUAGUCACAAAUCGAAGCAAGCUUCUUCGAUUUUUUGCCGGAUUCAAAACUGACAAAGAGGAUGAGCAGUUUGAGGCAGACAAGGAGCAGGUAUACAGCCCCGAGGGGAUGCAUCGAACAGACGCGAGGGUCCGGAGAGAUGCGAACGAACAGUCACGCCCUUCGUGUAUGGGCGGCUAG